AAGGAAUGAAAACUGAAAAAUGGAAACUUAUUCUUUCCCAAAGCGAAAGCAUACUUUUAUUCUCCUCCUGCUUUCAUUGACACGUGGCUGUUUCCAGGGAAGAGGCUUAUUGAUUAUUACAACAGUGUACUUACUGUACCAUCUCUUUUUCAGAAGUAUGUGACGCCAUCUCACUUCAAGUACUGUGAUAACAUAACUUUCUUACUUUUCCAACCAAAGACACACAAAUCCCAGUUCUCCUUUUCCUCUAAUACAGACUGUAAUGAUUUGAUCAUCAUUGCCACUGCCAAAAGUAAUUUAAUAAACCCCUAAUUUUGGAUGCUGUGAUAGCUACCCUAAAAAGGACAACAACCAAUGAGGCUUGUGGCACAUAUCACUACAAGCGCCUAAUAUAUAUUUAUCUAUGCUGUAUGAUCUCCCAGGUGUUUCUGAACUCUACAUUUACGGGAGUGUAUUCUGAGAACCUUCAACUAAAUCUCGAGACGUAAAAAACGAUGUCUGAUAUGCAGAGCAUCAAAAUUAUUUAGUUCUGCAGAAUUCCACAAAAACAAACUUGUAAAUAUUUAAAGCCUGUAGCCUACUUCAUUUUCAAGCAAUUAGCUCCCGCCUGAAAGUUAAUGAAUCGCUCUUCAGUGAAACCAGGUGUGGUUCUGGAAAGAAGCCAGGUUCCUAUGGUAACUUCGGAUCGCCAUUUAAGUUGUCUCUCGGCCCCCUGCCCUGACGUCACUUCCGGCGUUACCUGUGUCGUUACUGGGAGCUGUAAACAAGGUGUGCAAGCAUCUGGAGAGCUGCCGGGAUGCAGCAGAGCGGAGCAGCAGGAGGCCGUGGCUACGCUCUCUUCCCUCUGCUGGGCGUCCUGUUUUUCCAGGGUGUUUCUAUCGUCCUUUCCUUGGAGAUUCACGCAGAUGCCCAUGUCCGAGGUUAUGUUGGAGAAAAGAUCAAGUUGAAAUGCACUUUCAAGUCAACUUCAGAUGUCACUGACAAGCUUACCAUAGACUGGACAUAUCGCCCUCCCAGCAGCAGCCGCACAGUAUCAAUAUUUCAUUAUCAGUCUUUCCAGUACCCAACCACAGCAGGCACAUUUCGGGAUCGGAUUUCCUGGGUUGGAAAUGUAUACAAAGGGGAUGCAUCUAUAAGUAUAAGCAACCCUACCAUAAAGGACAAUGGGACAUUCAGCUGUGCUGUGAAGAAUCCCCCAGAUGUGCACCAUAAUAUUCCCAUGACAGAGCUAACAGUCACAGAAAGGGGUUUUGGCACCAUGCUUUCCUCUGUGGCCCUUCUUUCCAUCCUCGUCUUUGUGCCCUCAGCCGUGGUGGUUGCUCUGCUGCUGGUGAGAAUGGGGAGGAAGGCUGCUGGGCUGAAGAAGAGGAGCAGGUCUGGCUAUAAGAAGUCAUCUAUUGAGGUUUCAGAUGACACUGAUCAGGAGGAGGAAGAUGCAUGCAUGGUGAGGCUCUGUGUCCGUUGCGCUGAGUGCCUGGAUUCAGACUAUGAAGAGACAUAUUGAUGAAAGUCUGUAUGACAUAAGAAGAGUCACCUAAUAACAGGAAACAUCCCAUUCCACUGGCAGCUAAUGCCUGUCAGAGAAGUGGAGCUGGCCUAGACCAUAGUGACAGACAAUCCUGGAGAUCAUCAGUAAAGACUUUAGGAACCACUUAUUUAUUGAAGAAAUGUUCUUAUAUUUAUAAACUGUUCAAGAACUCUCAUAAGAGACUCAUGACUCCACUUUCAAUAAAUUAUGCUGUAAUUGAAUGAAGAAAUUAUUUUCCUGAGCAAAAAGAUUUGCUUUGUCUUUGCUCUGGAAUGUAUUACAUGUUUUCUUCCAACUGUUUAAAGGAGAAUCCUGAGUGUUUGCCACACUGCUGAUGCCAAAAUAAUUUUUUAAAUGAAGUGGAGCUUAUGAUUUCCUGACGUGUCACCAGACAAAAUGUUUGCUUGGGACAGGUGUUCUUUGUUUUUUGCUCCAUGUACACUUUCAGCUGUGAGUUAGUAUAGGGCAUAUACUCAUUGGUUUAAUCACCUCAACCUCAGUUGUGUUUGGAUAAUUUAGGGUGUAUAGCCUUAGUUUCCUUAGAGUUUUGGUAGGAUCAAGUCAUUGGUUUGCUUUGACUGGGUUUUUAAAGUAUUAAAUACAAUGUCAUCAAUUUACAGUUAAGGAAAGGAAUCAUGAAGUAGAAAAAUUAUUUUAUUUAGUCUUGCUGGUACAAUUUGGGCCAAGGAGUCUUUGUUAUUUUCUUUCUUUUUUUUUUUUUUUUAAGGCAGAGUCUCACUCUGUCGCCAGGCUGGAGUACAAUGGUGUGAUCUUGGCUCACUGCAACCUCUGCCUCCUGGGUUCAAGCGAUUCUCAUGCCUCAGCCUCCCGAGUAGCUGGGAUUACAGGCAUGCGCCACCACACCCAGCUAAUUUUUGUAUUUUUAGUAGAGACGGGGUUUCAUCAUUUUGGCCAGGAUGGUGUCAAUCCCCUGACCUCAUGAUCCGCCUGCCUCGGCCUCCCAAAGUGUUGGGAUUACAGGCAUGAGCCACUGUGCCUGGCCUGUUGUUUUAUUUUCUUGUGACUACAACUUUUCUUCUUGACUUCUCAGGUCGGAGGCAAGAAAAACUCUUUACAGGUUUUUAGUGGGGGCUUAUGGAGUAUUUCAGGAGUUCUUUGCAAUUAAAUAAUCUUUUCACUUGUAUUGUCUUUCAAAACUUUGUUGAUUUCUAAAAUGCACCAACUAUGAGUAACUAUGGUAUUUGCAAGCGGUUUUUACAAAAUAUUUGAGAUGAGGAAGUGAGAUUGUGCAUAACAUACUUAUCCUUUCUGUUCUCUCAGUGCCUUGCAGCAGGUUACUCCAUUCUGCUAUGACAACUUGUUUCAAAUGUUAAUUUAUGUAGGAUUUUUUAUAAGCCAUUAAGGCAUAUGUAUAGCAUAACAGUAAAGAUGGAUAGUGCAUAUAUAAAUAGUCCUCUGAAAUAGCGAUUGGAUUUAUUUCUCAAUUAUGAGAGACAAAAAUUAUCCCCUCACCUGUCUCUAUUCUUUCAAUAGGUUGAUCCCUUAUCAUGGUUUUUCAUUAGUUGGUCAGGAAGUUUCCAUAUUACAGCACUUUAGACUGUAUAUGUUAGUUUAAAAAUCAUUUUUUUCUAUCUCAAUUUCUUUCUUUUUUUUUUUUUGCAAAGACCUAAUUUUAAAAAUUUGUGUUGUUAGAUCUGUAUCGUAGAUUUGGCGUGGCCUCUUCUGUUAACCUAGUCCACAGAUUAGUGAAUCUGGUUGGUUGAAGGACAUUGUGAUUUGACUGUGUUCAUGCGAGGAAGUAGAAGAGGCAAAGACAGGACCGGCAGUUUACCACUGGUUAAACCUCACGGUACUUUGGGGGGCUGCUUGUUAACUUAUGUGGUUAUCUGAGGCCAGUCUAACGUGACCAUUUCUGACACCUCAACAGAGAGAGGAAAGCAACUUGAACAAUGACAGUAAAUAAUUUGGGCUCUCAGAGAUUUGAAGAUAGAGACCUAAUUGUGAGGGGGAAUAUUUUGUCGGUCCUCAUUUCUCCGCGAAAGAGGUGGUGUUACAGGAACCCACUGAAAGCCACAUCCCAUUAAAUGAGGAACCAGUUUUGGCUGGGCCUUCUUGUAAUGUCCUUGCAGGUGUGUUGUGAAGAUUAAUGUAGGGUGCUAUGUUUGUAGAUUGACACCUAGUCUAAACUUGAGGUAAUUGGUGCUCUAUGAAUACUCAGUCAUGUUAUUUUAUAGCCUUAAUUGUGAUUUGAACUAGUCCCUUCCUUUUUAAAUGACUGGAUGGUGUCCUUCGUGGUAAGGGGAGUACAUUGAUAAUUUAGUUUACUUCAUGGGUUUGUGGCCACAUCCCAGUCAUCAGCUGCUAUCAUUUUCCUUCUUCAUCCCUUGUGUUGCGAUUUGGGUUACAGCUUUUUAUUCUUUGAAGGAUCACGAAGUAGUGUACAGACACCUGCCUUCUUUAAGGAUGAAAGGAAGAUAAAGUGUUUUUUUUUUGUUUGUUUACUUGUUUGUUUCAUCUAUUGUUUGAGUAACUUCUAAGGUGCUAUUCUCUCUCUCUUUUUGCUACCCCAUGAGCUCUUGUCACAGCCAUGGAAACCAGCCUUAUUUAGAAAGGGAACUUAGUUCAGAAGGGGUUAAAAGCCUUCCAGAGUUUUUCUUUAGCUGCUGAAGUUUUUACUUGUGGUUACAUGACCUUAAGUUUUAUGCAUUAGGCUCUUAAUUCUAUUACAAAAUGUGAACUUAACAAUUGCUUUGUGUUUUCCAUGUGACUUGUUACUUCAGGCUACUUGGGGAACAUCUUAGUCCUCUGUAGCUCCUGAACCCAGCACUGGUGCUUCAAGAGAGAAGGUAGCACGUCUUUGUUCAAAACAAAACAAAACACCACUUCUGGAGGCCAUAUCCUGAAUAUGAAUGUUCUACUAAGUCACUCAGUUAUGGUUCUAAAGGGAAACCAUAAGAAGACCCACAAGGAGUGGACCAAGACUAUUAUUUAAUUGCACAACUUGAGACUUUACUGCCUGAAGAGGCAGCUCCAUUCCUUUGACUCCAUUGUUGGGCUGUUAACUGCUGCACGUCAUUGACUUUUUUUGUUUUUUUGUAGGAGGGUAGGCGCUGUUGGGCCAUAUGCACAGAUAUUGUAACUCUUGGUGUCUUUAUUGCAUCAUAGUCAAUAAACUUCUUUGUACCCUUUGGCUA